UGUCAACGCCCAUGCACGUUUGAAGUUUCUAGAAUGGCACGUGUAAGUUUCUGUACAAGGCAUUCAAAUAUUACAUUGAUUUAUUGCAUUCGUGAAAGGAAGCAGGGCAGUGUAUUGUGUGUGUAUGUUUUCGUCUCCUACUCAUUUCUUUGCCGUUCGUUCUUCUUCUUCUUUCAGCACACCUCGCGGCCCUUUCUCUCAGACAGACCGCCCUUCUUCAAAUGUGACGUCACGUGUUUUUUGUUACUCCAUGUUAGCUCCGCGAAGCAACUGUGGCUAUGAGCUGCGUACAGAUGUGGACAGACAGGAGUGGGGGUCAGGGGUUAGUAUGCGUCCUGGGCCAACUUCAGGGAGAACUGUGCCGACAUUCGUCUGGAAAGUCUUCGGAAAACCGAGAGAAAACCUCAGACAGCACAGCCGGUGACAGGAUUCGGACCCGUGUCAUCUCCCAGUCUCGGCGUGGAAAGCGAUCAUCCUAACCACUAUGGCCACGGGCGCUGGUAAUAUACCAUGUACCAUAAGCCUGAGUUUUCGUGCAGAGGCGUAUCCUGACGAAGUGUUUUCAUGUUGCUUCGUUCUUCUUCAUUUAUUUCAGUUUUUUAAAUCGCGAGACUAAAAAAUAAUGUAGUGUAAAAUGAUGUGUACCUCUUUGUAGUGCUGUAACAUUUAUCAUAUCCGUGCCGUAGUUCCUACAAUGACCAUGUUCUUCGCAAGUCGACAGCCGAUGGGCGCCGUAUACAGCAGUCCACUGCACCCACGCAUCCAUCGCCUUUUCCUUUUGAAAACGGGGAAAAGGGUGAUCUGUUUCGUAUAAUGCGUUCGUUCACUUUCCACUCAAGUGGACACUUGCUGAUUUCUAAUUUCAGGAUAAAAGAUAUAUUGAUAUAAUUUUUCCUUUAAAGUUCGACGAUACCCGCUUUCCUGUAAUGCAUAUACGGGGUGUUGUAACUGUCGUCAGACUAAUAAGGGUCUCCUACGCCGGCUGAACGAUGCUGACUGAGUGAUCGAACCCAAUAAGCGUAGUUCGAAAAAUGGCAUUCAAUCGCAGACUUGUUCUCGCAUUCGCUCUUGCGGUUUACUUGUCGCGUAGCGACGUGUGUACAGCCCAAGAAAGUGACGAUGCCGAACCAGAAGAGGUUGGAGCGGCGACAGGUCCUCAGAAUACCAGGGAAUUUGUUCAGGAAAUCGUAAACAAGAUACUAGACAGUAACUCGGAAGGGGCUUCUGAGAAGAUCUUCGACAGCGGGAUCUCAGCGUCAUGCGGAUUACGAAUUUUGAAGUUUGUGAACGCACUACGCAACCUCGAGCCCUGGGUAGCCAGAAGUAAGUUGGAUAUUUUUGUAUCGCUAAAUCAAUUAAUCUAUUAAUAUUCCUCGUAGCGGUCCUUUUCGCAAUAAUGCUGAAUUUAAGAUGUCACAUUUUUAAUUUCACAGCCCGCCUCCUUUACAUGCCUUAGGUGAACACAAGCCAUGUUGUCAGUAGACGUGGCACGUGGCAUACGUAACUUGCUGUCGUACCUAUGACUUGGAACAUUUAUUUACCGGUCACUUCACCAUUUGAUACCCCAGCGUGCUGACCAGUGUGAGCCGGGGCAGUCCGCAUAAAUGAAGUCGCCAAUUUCAUCAUUUUCUUUACUUCGUGUAUACGUCAUCUCGUGUGUUUGUUGCUCUUGUUCGCAGGAUGUUGUUUGUGUGAUUAAUUUUCAUAACGACGUGAUUAUUAUACUGAGAUGGUGGGAUAGUGUAUAGACGCGGUGAUGUCGAAUUCAGAUAAGGGCUGUUUAGCUAACGAUAUGGUGCUCGAGAUCGAAACAUGAAUAGGCUAGAACGAGGAUAGCUGCAGCCUUCCAAAUCACAUGUCCAUCAACGGUAACAGUAUGUUCGCCUGCUCGACAGAACAAAUUUCCAACAUCCAAGUACGAACGUUAUCAACUAAACGUCUUUUCCUAAAAUGCUAAGGCUAGUAGGGAUUAGCGAAAUAGAGAAGAUUUCGGUUUUCAGUUUAUAUGUCCACCAAUUGUAUGAUUUUUCUUUUCUCGCAUGUCAUCUGCGUAGUGAUCGACGCAACGGGCAAGUACCCGACGGGCUUGUUCCAGGGGUCGCUCGCCGAUCUGGGCGCUUUCGACGAAUGCAUCGAAACUGUGGUCGUAGAUUCUCGGGGGCGGGAGCAAGUCCGUGCUCACUACUGCAACUUGUUCCUAAAGCCCGGUAAUGCCUCAGAUAUUCCAGACUUUGCCCAAGAGGCGCUCCUCAUGACUCAUCGAAGAACCAUUUCUGUUGCUGCAAACCAAGCUGAUGAACGAGCUCCCGGUAUGUUGCUGGGAAUUUGUGUGCCCACCGAGUGUAAGGAAGACGACAUCGAAAAGUUAAUCACGACGUUUUCCGGCGGAGGAAUCAACGCGGACGCAAGGAACUGUGUGACAAAUCAGUAUCCUCCACCAGAUACCAGGCAAAUCGGAAUAAUAGCUGCCCUGGGUGUUUUGAUCCUGACGAUUCUCAUGAGCACAGUCAUAGACUUACUCUUGACUCGCAAGCACGGCGAAGGUGCACAUAGAGGUACACCAGCUAAGAUCAUGACUGCGUUUUCGGUAAGAGCCAACACGAGGAUGCUCCUUGCUCAAGCCGAUAAAGAAUCGGACGCAUAUACGUUUCGUUUCUUGCACGGGAUACGGUUCAUAAGCAUGGCUUGGAUAGUGUUGGGUCACGCCUAUUCUUCUGGCACCAACGUAGCGGGCCGCCUUGCCAAUGUAUUGGCGUACAGCGAUCGAAUCUCUUACGUCAUGAUCUCAGGCGCCUACCUUAGCGUCGAUACAUUUCUGUUCCUUGGCGGAUUUCUUCUCACAUACAACAUGGCAAAGCAUGGCAGAGGCGGGAGCAGACUGCUCUUGUGGAUUACUAGCGUUUGCAGAUUUUACAUAAGAAUAAUAACACCCGUAUCAUUCAUGAUAAUGUGCCUGUACCUUCUGCCGCUCGUCAUCUCGGGCCCAAGAGCUCAGGAACUCUAUGAAAGAAUAUUUACGGACAUCCGAGAAAAUUGGUGGCCUCUUAUGUUGAACAUACGUAACAUGAACGACGUCAACGUGGAACCCUUAGGACACUUGUGGUACCUUUCAGUGGCGUUUCAAGUUUUCGCUGUCUCCGUCACUGUCCUCCUUUUCUUUCGAAGACAGCCUUGGCUGGCUAUUGGGACGUUUUCUAUCUUGUCCACUGCCUCAUGCACUUAUUCGACAUUCAAAGUCUACGGAACUGAAUUACUGCCUUUUCCAAUCCCACAGAGCCAAACUUUCAACAACUUCUUAAACAGCCUUAACGACCUCUACAUUCAGACUCCGAUUCACGCUGUCUCGUUCUUCGUCGGCUGCAUCACAAGCAUACUCCUGUCCAUGUAUAAAGGUGCGAAGAUCUCUGCAAUGUCGCAAGCAAUCCUCUGGAUCUUGGGCACGAUCUUUGCCAACACUGCUGUCCUUAUGACGUAUGACUUCAAUCGUGGCCAUCAGCCACCCCACUGGGCUGUUUUGUGCGCUACUUUCUCUCAGAGGGCGCUCUGGUCGGCGUGGCUCGCCUGGUUGACAAUCGCAAGCGCCACUGGAAGAGGAGGCUUCAUCUGCAGCCUACUUUCUUGGAAGGCAUUUAUUCCUCUCAGUAGACUGAGCUACGGAGUCUACCUGAUCCAAGUACCCUUCUAUUUCGUCAGAGAUUUCACUGCCAGGGAGAGGAUUUUCUACUCCGAUUUUACCGUACUAACACAGUUCUGCGGAGCCCUGGUGUGGUGCUACACUCUGAGCUUCUUCCUGUUCAUCGCUUGCGAGGCGCCAGUUGGUCGUCUGGAAAAGCUGGUCUUUUUGCGGGAAAGGGUAAUUGAAAAGAAGCGCACGACUGACAAGGAAACGAGCUGCGAAAGGGACUCAAGCAAGCCACCGUCGGGUCAUGUCAAUAAUGGAUUCAUUGAACGCACUAAUCUUUAGGAGUGUAAUUUCAGUGGAGAGCUCCGUCGUCGAGGGCAUAGUGAGGUGUGCGGUGCAUGCAUUCUGUAUACGUCGGUGUGUUCUUUGCUCUUACGUCUCGGUUUUUCGCCACUGGUGCAAAAAUAGCGUACAGCAAAAAAGUAACGGCCAUUCAAUAUUGUACUGAGCAGAAGGCAUCAAUUAAAAAAGAUUUCUUAAAGAAUACUGCCUCGAAAAAUGCUCGAUUUUCUGCGUCGAUACUUCUUCAGGUCUU